AGUAAUUUAUAAACACAAUCAAAUAUCCGUAAUGUCGGCGGCACCGGAAACCGCCAAAGUUGGCCUGGGAAAUGCGACCAGUAUGGCGAACUUGGCCAAAAUCGUCAAUCUGAUCGAAACGAGUGCGAGUGCGAGGGCGGAGGAGGAGGAUAGGGAUAAGGAGAAGGGCCAGGAGGAGCGGGCCAGGGGAUCCGCCGGAAGUGGAGGGACCCCAAGUGGCAGCAGUGUUCGCCUGGCCAGCAGCAGUGCCCCGCGAAGAAGUGCCUGUGCCACAUCGUAUGUGCCGAAGUCACCGCAAUUGGAGGAGAUUGUCUUCGCCGAACCCACUUGCACUGAGAAAUUCGCACGCUACUUUGUCAUCGUUAUCUACCUGUGUGGACUCUGCUCCCUGGGAUUCUUCCUGUCCAUCUACCACAUCUUCUUCUGGGACUCACGCAUGCCGCCCGUCUACAAGGGCCAAAAGAAAGCACCCGCCUUUGGCUAAAUCUGCCCACUGAAUUCAUUACACUAAUCACAACUAAGCAAGUCGUAAUUUCA